AUGCCAAGGGGCAAGGACUCCAAGGACUCCAAGGACUCGGCCCAAGCUGAGAUCGAAGUCUUUUCCAAGUCUCUCAACGCGUGGGUACCUGCCAAGGUCUGGCUCUUUGCUUCGGCUGGGAAGAUCACGGUGACCUACACAAUCAAUGGCCGGAGAUGUCGAAAGCACCUGGACCCCUGGACCCAGCAGAUUCGGUCACUUGGGGAGCUGCAGGAGAUGGAUCCAGACAGCAACCUGGCAGAAAUGGAGGAAAUGGAUUUUGUGGGCGACACGCUGCCAAGCUGGGAGGUUGACGAGGAAGCUGAUCCAGAAUUUAGCUUUACUCACCUCUUCGAUGCCCUCUUCUGCGAGAUGCCGAUGAAUGCGACUUUGAAAAGCGCCAUGAACGCCGCGGCCCAGAAGCAGGAGAUCUAUUGCAAUACAUUGCAGCACGAGGCAUCCAGAAACUUUGCUUUGAGCAAAGUUUCCGAGGCUGAGGCAAGCUUCGCAGAGUUCGACGAGCUUUUCGAGGACUUCGAAGACGCCGACUUCCAGAAGUCGAUUCGAAACUCUCUCCGCUUGUCCUUACAUAUGGAGGCCCCAAAGCUUCGGCUUUGGAAGGGCAGGCCCAUGGCGAUGGACGUGGUCCAAGGCCGCGAAUCUCCCAACUGUGGGCUUCUUGUAGCCAUGGCUGCCAUUGCUGACCAUCAUGAUGGCUACCUAGUACGUCAGUUGUUCCCACAAUUCCAGGACUCGGACUCUGACAGGUCUGACAGCAAUGGCGAUCCUACCUUGAACUCAUCUGGCUGCUACGUCGUCUCCCUUUUCCUCCACACCAAGAAUUCUAAUUUGGAGAAGUUCAAGAAGCACCACCCGAGCUUGAAAAGUGGUCAGGACAGGGUCAUCCUAGACACCACGUCAAGGUCAGAGACGCUGACCAGGGGCUCGUGGCGCAGCAUCGUGAUCGAUGACAAACUUCCCAUGGACAGUAUGGGGCGCCUGGAAAACUGCCAGUUUACCACAAACAAUGUGUGGCCAUGCCUUCUGGAGAAGGCCUUCGCAAAGGCUUGUGGCAGCUACUCGCAGACGUCCUACGUCAGGCUGGCGGAUGCUUUGGUGAUGCUGACGGGCCAGAGCACUUUCCAAAUUGACCUCACCGAGUUGUUCCAGAAGGAGAAGCGCCAGCUUUGGAAGGACCUUGGAGAGUACCAGAAGUCCGGGAUUCUCAUGACGGCAGCCAUCUACGACCUUGCGCCUUUCUUCGACACUGGCUCACGCGGCUCGACAACUGGAAACGGCUUGCAGCGGAACCAUGCAUACACUAUCUUGGAGACAAUGUCCAUUAUCUUGGACCUGACCGGGGAAGUGCUCUCGCUAGUGAAACUCCGCGAUCCCCAUGGCCGGACCACGUACACGGGGUCCUGGUGUCCCCGCUGGCCACGCUGGCCAGCUAGUCUCCGGCAGAAGAUUCAUGGAAACGACCGAGGCGUUUUUUGCAUGACGUGGCAGGAUUUCCUGGCCACUUUCCAUGAAGUCAACAUUUGCAAGGCGGCUAAAGCACAAAGUGCAGCCGUGAACGCUUGCUUGGAUCUGCUUGGCCGUGUUCGAGCGCGACAGGCUCCGGGAGGUGAGCAGCCGGAGGAAGCCUGGCAUGGCUGGACACUGCAGUCCACGCCGGGCGGGCGUUUCUUUCACCACCACGCGGCAUCGGGGACCAGCCUGUGGGAGACGCCUCCAGAGCUGGUACCUGUUCUUGGGGAGUGGCGCGAGGUGGGAGAUCCAGGGGCCAUGUAUUGGUACAACGACAAGCUCGGGACAAGCUGCUGGAAGGACCCACGGAACUGCUUCAGCAUCCAUGAGGCUGCCCUAGAUGGGAACAUGGCCUAUCUGCGGCUGUAUGCCAUGGCAAAGGGCUUUGUCGAUGCUGUGAACCUCAAGGGCCGGUCCGCCCUCCACAACGCAGCGGCGGCCGGACAGACCGAGGUUGUCGCCCAUCUUCUUCACGAGAAGGCGGAUGUGAGCUUGCCGGACCAGGGCCUCUCCACACCGUUACACUGGGCCUGUCGAUAUGGCCAUGAAACAGCCGUGCAGCUGCUCCUGCAGGCCGGUGCAAAUGUGGAUGGUGGCAACAUGUCUGGGACCAAGAACCUGUACUUGAUGGUCUGUAUGGCCGUUCGCAUCCUUUCGUGCCGAGGCUGGGCGAUACGCCUCUGCACGAGGCUGCUGGAUUGGGUCAGGCAAGGCCUUGCCCUCACAAUUCAGCACAAGAAGAUUUCUGUGGUCAACUACACCUGCCAGAUCACAAUUCUGCCUACGCUGAUGGCCGCCAAUGCCAAUCCAUUGGCCCGAAAUGCAGAGUAG